UUCGUACACUAACAGCUAGCUACAGGUAGAUCAGUGUUGAGUGUCCAGAAUGCCUGGUAUUCUAGCCCCUGCAGACACUACGAGCAGCGAGAAUAGCUUGAAGCCUUCCAAUCAAAUGGAGGAAGGCACUGAGGUGAAGGGAGGGGCUGGGCUGAUCAAGAUAAGUGACAGUGAAGAGGAAGGGACGAGGGUCUCAAGUCCCAGCGCAGAGUCUGACAACUCUAUGAGCACUUGCAGCACCAGUGAGCCUGAUUCUGAGCAAAAGACCACACCCCAAAAAUCAGACACUCCACCACCUGAGAAUGAGGAGGCUGAAAAGAAAGAAGAGAAGAAGGGCUCGGACUACUACAACAUUCACCUGGUUUUACCCGGAGUGCCCGCUCCAAUCGACAUCAUGCUGACGACUCGUGACACGGUUCAUGACCUCCUGCAACUGCCCCUGGAGAGGCCCGAGUGUUGCUAUCGGAGCUGUCUCUCUGUCCGUCACAAAGGCAAGCGGUUGGAUGAGUUCUUUGAGAUAGGCUCUCUAGAAGACUUCCAUGACGGGGACACUGUGGAGCUGGUGGAGGAGCCAUACACACAGAGGGACGUGAGAGUGCACCUGCAGAGACUCAAAGACCUGCUUUUGACGGAUGCUGUGCACCAGGCCGUGGUGCCAGGUGGGGAGGGACUCUCCCUCUCAUUCCUGGCCGCUAUUGCCCUCACAAACCCUGAAGGAACAGCUCGUGUUGGUGAUGACCUUACUGACCUCUCCAAGUUAGAACCACCGUCGUACAUCAUUCCCUCACACACCCCCACGCCCAUACCUGCGGCUGAGGACCCACCCUCUCCCACGCCCCUCACACCCCCCACAGAGAAAGCCGCAGAGACUGGACCACCACUGAAUCACUUCUAUCCACCCAACCUGGACAAACACUUCAAGCUUCCCGAGUGCAUUAAGAGCAUCUCCUACAGUCAGUGGAACCCUCCCUCCAACAGGAGGAAGAUGAAAGGUGACCUGCUGUAUUUGGAGCUGACGACUCUGGAGGGUGUCCAUUUUUUCGUGACAGCAUGUCCGUCAGGAUUCUACCUGAACAAGAGUCAGAGCAGUGACCUCUUUGAUCCUACCGCAAAGAAAACCCACCACCUCAACAAACACUUAAAUGGUCUUCUCUCGCAGAUCAGCCCUCUGUUCAAGAGGAACUUUGCCCUCCUCCGCAAGUUCUCGGACACCCACCACCCUUUUGAGAUCCUCCCGGUGCCCUAUCCCGUCCUCCCCUGGGUCGCCCCACGACCAGAACACAAGCCAAUCGUAUUCAAGAUUGAGGACAGUAUGGGUCUGAAACCAUUGCCGGAUGAGUUGGUCCUAGGUCAGUUCCGGGACUGGAAUGAAGAGUUGCAGACAGCCCGAGAGUUGCCCUCGGACACAGUGGGUGCCAAGGUCUUCAAAGAGAGAUCUCUCUUCAAGAUCCACUCUGACUUUGUGCAAGCAUCAAUGAGGGGAGCAAUGGCCGGGGUAGAGGGGAACCUACCCACUCUCAACCCAGGAGACGAGUUUAAGUACAGGAUGUACAUGUGGAACAACAUCUUCUUCAGUUUUACUUUUGAUGGCCGUGACCAUUACAAAGAGUUCGGUGGAGAUGCUGGGGCACACGCUGCAUCUGCAGCUGACCUCCAUGGAGUGGCAGCUCACGAGCGGUUUGAUAGGAAGGGACUAUACACACUGGGCACUGUUAUAGUGGACUACAGAGGGUACAGAGUCGUCUGUCAGUCGGUCAUACCAGGUCUCCUGCAACGAGAACACGAGGCAGCUGUGGUGUAUGGCUCCAUAGAUACUGGCAAAAGCAUCAAGACAGACACGGAGUUCCAAGAGCUGUUGAGUAAAACAGCAGAGGAUUUUCACAUCCGACCACACAAGGUGUACGCUAACGAGAAGCAAGAGGAGGUGUUGGAGCUUCCCUCAUCGUACGAGGUCAAGGGAAUAGUGGGUAACGACAGGAGACACUACGCUCUCGAUCUGUUCAGAAUAUUCCCACCAGACGCUAAUUACAUGGAGGUGUCGGAGGGGUCAAAGAUCAGACAUCGUAUGGCCGUCCUUAGACCAGAACUGGUAGAGACAUUUCACAAUUACAAGUUCCUCCAUUUCCUUCGACUGGUCAGGAACAAGACGAGCAAACUGGAGGUGGUGCAGAAACUGCACAAGGAGAACGAGGCCAAGUUAGCUGCAGCAGCUGAGGAGGCAGCCAAAAAAAAGGACACUGACGACUCUAAGAGAAAGGAAGAAACUAAAGUGUCUGAAAUAGAAAAAAAGGACAAUGAAGAUUCCGAGGUAACAAAGGAAAAUACAAAAGAAACGGAGGCAGCAAACAAAGAAACUAUUACAACAAAGAACGAUAGUGAACAUUCCGAGUCAGUAAAAGAAGAUAGUGAAGACAGUUCAGUAGCGUCCACUCCUCUCAGCAGUCCAUCGAAAUCAUCCGACCAAUCGUCUAUCACCUUAUCACCAAAUAACUCGUCUCCGCAAAGUUCCCUCACAAGAGGAAAAGCUCCCAAGAUGGCGUCCGUCCCCGUGGUGGGUGUGCGUGGAGCAGGAGCAGCACUGGGGCAGGAGUCAAGCAAUGAGCCCAGUGGCUUACCUGGUGAGGGGAACCCCCUCCCCCCUGAUGAACUGUACCUGCUGACAGUGGAGGGGCUGGAGGAGGAGAAGGAUGUGGGUCCAGAGUUCAACCAGGGCGGGGAGGACCUCGAUGGACUCUCGGGGGAGGCGGAGUCUAUAGGAAAAGAACUAGAGGACCUCCCUGAAGUGGCAGCUGCAGUGAAGGCUGCCUUGGCCGAGGCUGGCUCCACUAACCUCGACAACUUUGAGCUCAAGUACAAUGUGGACGUUCUUUCUCCCGUUGUCAAGCACGCCGAGUCAGAGGAGGUCCUAGAGAAAGACAGAGCUCUGAUCCGUGAGGCCAGUCAGUUCUUGAUGGACAGUAUCAUCCCACAGUUUGUGCGUGAUUGCAUCCAGCUGAGUGUGACCCCCCUCGAUGGAGGAGCACUCAAACAGGCCAUGCAUGCUCGGGGGAUCAACAUGAGGUAUCUAGGGGAGGUGGCUAAACUGGCCGCCAAGAGAGAGGACUUGCAGCACUUGCAGCGACUGUGCCUCAGCGAGAUGAUCACCAGAAUAGCCAAGGGGAGAUUCAGGAAGUGCCUUCAAGAUAGUCCCCUGGAGGUCACCUCAGAGGCUGUUGUCCACUUCCUUAACUGCUUCCUUGGAGAUACACAGGCAGUCAUUGAGACCAGUGAAGAGGUACCUACUGUAAAUGGCCAUGCAAAGAAGAAGAGUAAGAAAAAGAAGCUCCCUGGAUCUCUAAGACUGACACCACACUCUAAGAUGAGCACACAGAGUUUAUGGGCAGAGAUCGUGGAUGAAGUUGGAUGGUACUAUCGAUACACGCUGGAAUUCUCAAGCCUUGCAGAGACUUGUGCUAAGUCGGGCCUGCAAAAAAUGUCAAUAAUGAGAGAGCUUUGCCGUAAAACAGGUAUCCAGUUGGUACUUAAGGAGUACGACUUCACCGCUCAGCCAGUGUUCAUCGAUGACGACGUAGCCUCCAUGUACCCCCUCAUUAAGCACACUGAUUACAGGUCGAUAGAAGCAGUGGCUCUGUUCGAAGUGGCUCAGUCUAAAAUGAGUUUAGGCAACCUGGCACUUGCUCAAGAACUCUUUGCCGAAGCUAUUCACAUGUCAAUCCAAAUAUACGGUCCAAUGCACGUUGACAUAGCCAACUGCUACAGGCAAGCAGCUAAGGUAAGCCAGUUGCUGGGCGAGCCUGUGAAUGCUCUUAGCAAUCAGCACAAGGCCACGCUGAUCUUUGAGCGUGUAUUGGGUGUGGAUCAUCCCGACACACUGGCUGCGUACAUCAACCUGGCUCUGUACUGUCACAACACCAAACAGACAGCUGCUGCCCUCAGGUUACUCUACAGAGCACGUUACCUCAUUCUGCUCGUGUACGGAGAAGACCAUCCUGAGAUGGCCACCUGUGACAGCAACAUCGCUGUGGUGCUCCUCAGUAUCAAGGACUAUAAGAACGCAUUGCUGUUCUUUGAGAGCACGCUGUGUUUGUACAAAAAGUAUUAUGGACCCGAGUCUCUACAAACUGCUCUGACCUAUCACCUCCUCGCUCGAGUCCACUCUUUCCUCGGUGACUUUAGAGCUGCCCUCCAUCACGAGAAACUCACCUACAACAUCUACACCAAGAAGUUUGGUUCGGAGAGUGAACGCACACAAGAGAGCUACCUUUGUCUGAAGGAUAUCACCGGAAAGGCUGUCACAAUGCAGAAAACAAUCAAUGAAAUGAUGACCAAAGGAAAUGCAAGCAAAGUGAUGUUGGAGCUCCCUGGCUCGUGGGGGGAGGUAGUAGGGAUGCUGAAUGGACAGGAACCUCGCCAGAGCAAGAAACAACAAAUUGUUCGUAAGCGCAAGAAGAACAAGCCGGCUACAAGUGCCCCGACUACUGACUAGCUAAGCCAAUCUCUCAGCUGUUAACUAGUUAGUGCUCAUUGUAUUUAUUUUACUAUAUAGAACUGCUAAAUUCAGGUCUCAUCAAUGUAUGCAGUGCACCUGCCCCUUUUGUUACUGCUUCAGAAUCUAUAUAGACUGAUAUACUACUUUCUAAAUUUGUUGGCAUCAAUUAAUUAUUUUGAGAAAUUUCGUUGUCACCACAAUAAAUUAUGAAACUGUCAAUGAAAA